AUUCGAUUCAUAUCCCCCUUCGAUCUCGCUCCCGUGUCGAUCUUAAGGCCGUGGCAACCUGUCACAUUUCCUUCCCCCAGAUUCCCCCCCCCCCAAAAAAAAAACUCCCCUGGUCGGUUUGAAUCUGUGUUUCGCGUAUUUCUGUCGAUCCGCGCCGCAUACGGCACAGCAUCGACAUGUCUGGUCCACCGCCGACCAGCGUGCCGGUCGAUCCUGCCAGGGCGGCGGAGAGCAAUCUGGGGACGAUACUGGGCGUCACGGGCGCCAUCCACGCUCUUGCCGUCAUCACCGUCUCGCUGCGGGUUUACGUCCGGAUCAAGAUCGUCAAGAGUCCCGGGCGAGAUGACUGGACCAUGGUCGGCGCCGUGAUUUGCGCGUUUGGGGGAUGGCUCAUCUUCGUCCUCGAGGGACCGUACGGGCUCGGCCGCCAUCAAGAUACCAUCGCCGCCUUGGAUCUCAUGAAGCUCAACCGAGUCAGCUUUUGGCAGUCCAUCAUCUCCGCCACCGCCGCCAUGGCACUGCUCAAGAUCUCCAUCGCCCUGAACCUGCUGAGACUCAGCCCGAGCCGCUGGUACACCUGGUCUCUAUGGAGCAGCAUAAUUUUCGUCUGCGCCUACAGUUUCAUGGGAUGGAUGACUUUCUUCCUGCACUGCCGACCGAUGGCGAAGCACUGGGACCUUACUCUCCCAGGAGAGUGCUAUCCCAUCACCCUCUUCGUGACUUUCGCCCUCAUCAACACUGCAUUCAACAUUUUCACCGACGUCCUCUUCGCCAGCUUCCCCAUCCCCAUCAUCUGGAAGUUGCAAAUGAAGCGCAAGGUCCGGUUGUACCUGAUCGGAAUUCUGAGCUUGGGAUACCUAGCCGUGGUGAUGGGCAUCCUCAAGGCCGUGUACCAGAUUGCGUUUUCUAAGGAGCAGGACAAGACAUUUAACCAAUGGGUUCAAUUCUGGGGAUUCCUCCAACUCAACAUCGGCAUCAUCGCCUCCUGCGCCCCCUCCCUCAAGCCCAUCGUCUCCAAGGCCCUCAAGCUGUCCGACUACUACCCGUCACCCGGCUCGCGGUACGGCUCGCGCGGGACUGGCGGCGUGCGCACCAUCGGCGGGACGAACCCGCUGCGGUCCAAGCAGGAGCAGCAGCACCGCGACGGGGGCUACCCGCUCCGCGACCUCAGCGACCAGCGGUCGGAGGACGAGCUCGAGUUCGGCACGGGCGGCAAGGCAGGGGCCGCGGGCGGGCAGGGGACCGCGCGCAGCACGGCGACGGUCACGUUCUACAAGCCUGGGGCCGGGUACGAGGGUGAUGGGGAUCGGUCGGGGAGCGAGGAGCUGAUCCUGGAUGGGAGGACGAGGGCGAAUGAGUUUAGGGGGGGUAUCCUUCGGACGACGGAGGUUACUGUGCAGUGAUUGUGUGUGUCACGGUUGGGUCAAAUUAGUUUUACCAGUUACGCUGCGGCUACUGGGCUUCUCUUCUUCUUCCUCCUCGGUUCGUCAGCCAUUAUUACGUGCACUAGAGUCUUCAUAGAAUAGCGAUCAAUGACAUGGAUGACACCAUCGUGGUUCACAAGCAGAUGACAAUGAAUCCCCCACCAGUUGUCGGGAGUGUCUGUCGGUCACCCAACCCAACUAACUAACCAGGUACAUUUAUCGGUCGGUUCUCUCGGGUACGUCGGCAAUCCCCCUGCAAAGUACUGUGGUAAUCGAAGCUUAGGGAUCCGACGAGUCGUGCGAUGAA